GUGUGUGUGUGUGUGUGUGUGUGGGAGUUCCUGUGAGGAAUUCUAUUCAGCCGAUUUUUCUUAAGAAACUCGGCUAUAAGAGGAAGGAAUGAACAUGCACACAUUGCAUUUCAGGGGAAACGCACACACACACACACACACACACACACACGCACACUCUCACACACUGUUUCCAGAUAACGCAAAACCUCCCUGGUUCACUAAAGAGAGUAAAUCUUCAAGUCUGACAAAAGUGAUCCUGAAGACACACACAGCUCCACUCUCCAUCAUGGAUGGCAGACGCACGCUCCGGGCCCGGCUCCUGUUGGCGGUGGUCUUCUGUCUGCCUGGUCUCAUUCAGAGUUUUCAGCCCCUCUUCGUAUUCGAUGGGAACUCCAACACCCACCGUGAUAUCACACGUAUGGCGAUCCUCCGAAAAACCGCUGAGGUCUGCAGAGACAUCGCAGAAUCUGAGGGCCGGGAAUUCACCCUGACUAUUGAUAACAGCUUGUCGGCUGACAAGGUGCAAAAGGCCUGUUCGUCAGACAGUUCCUCAUCUCUCCUCUCCACGGUCAUUUUCCAAACUUCCAUUGCCACCAUGUACUUCAGCAAUGCUAUAGUGGAUGUGGUUUUUGCGCUGAGCGAGGAGCAUCAUUUCGAUGAUGAGACUUUCGAGGGAGGACGAGAUAUCAUCACAUCCGGUGUGUCUGCUGUGAAGGCGAGUGUGAAGCGCGAGAACUUUCUGGCAGGGCGUUGGACUCUGGGAGGAGUCUGUCACACCCUACAGGACUUCUACAGCCACAGUAACUGGGUGGAGCUGAACAACAAAGAUCCAUACAGCGCUCUGAUCAAGCCGGACGAGCCGCUUGAGAACCUGGCAGGACUAACUACACCAACAUGUAGAAAUUGUACAGGAGACAAUUGUGCCGACAACCUUCUGCCUGACUUGCUGCAACAAGGCCUCAUUACAUCAGGCUACUUCAACAUGUUCUCCAGAGCCAAACCUGCAGGCAAAUGCAGCCAUGGUGGAUUCUUUGACAGAACGAGCAGGAGGGAUCCAGUGGGAGGCAUAAGUAAGGACGAUGUUGGCGCCAGUCAUGGCUCACUCCACCACCAAGCAGCUAAUGUGGCUGUAAAUGCCACUAUAGAGCUCCUGGAGGACAUCAGAGCAGCUGUUGGAAACAUAAAUUUCCUGCGACUGAUGGGCCUCUCUCAGUCGUCUGUUCUGUGUUUUGUCAUCGACACCACGGGCAGUAUGAGUGACGACAUCGCUGAAGCAAAGAGGGUCUCCUUUGAAAUAAUUGACAGGAAGAGGGGAACCUCUCAGGAGCCCUCAGCUUACAUCCUGGUUCCAUUCAACGACCCAGGUUUUGGGCCUCUGAUGAUGACGACAGAUGCAGAUAUGUUCAAAGAAAGUAUCAGCAAGCUGUCUGCAAGUGGAGGUGGAGACAUCCCAGAGCUGUGCUUGUCUGGACUGCAGCUUGCCCUGACAGCUGCUCCACCCUCCUCCGAGAUCUUUGUGUUCACUGACGCUCCAGCUAAAGAUGCUGAUCUGAAGAGCACCAUCACCGCCCUUAUCGAAAGCUCCAAGUCUGUGGUCACCUUCAUGCUCACGGACGUCCUGGCCAGCCGGCGCCGCAGAGGCCUGCACAGUUUGUUUUCACGCGCAAUGAGUCAAGCAGAUGCUCAGCUGUACCGGGACCUGGCUCAAGCCUCUGGAGGUCAGGCCAUCGAGGUCACCAAGGCAGAUCUUUCUGCGGCUACUAGUGUUAUAGUGGACUCGUCAGCCAGCGCUGUGGUGACGCUGUUUCAGGUGGUGAUGAAUCCUGGAAGGAAUGAAAACUUUACCUUUACCGUGGAUGGUUCAUUGAAGAACUUGACUGCCUAUAUCACAGGAGACCCGUCACUCUCCUUCACUCUCACCAGCUCCACAGGUGUGUCUCAGAGUUCCAGUGAGUCCAGUGGUUCUUUAGGAUCAAUGACCACAGCAGGAAAUCUGCGUCGUUUAAGCCUCAACGCCGACAAUCAAACAGGAUCCUGGAGCAUUAAUGUCAACUCUGACAAGCCCUACUCUGUGAAGGUUACAGGUCAAAGUUCAGUAAGCUUCAUUUUCAACCUCGUGGAUUCACAUGAGGGACGCCACGGGGACUUCAGUCUGAAGGAGGGACGUCCUCUCUCAGGUGGUAACGCCAGCAUCCUGAUCACCGUGACAGGAAGUGACACCGUAAAUGUGACGGAGGUCACUCUGUUCGACAGCUCAGGACCGACUGUGGUCAAUGGAUCAUUGCAGUCGAUGGGAAGUGGAAAUUUCUUGGUGACUUUUACUGAAGUCCCAGCAGGAAACUUUGUGCUUCUGCUGAAAGGAGAAGACAGCAGCUCAACCUCUAGGUCGACUCCGAGCGUCUUCCAGAGACAGGCCUCCACACAAAUCAAAACCUCCGGAAUCUCCAUCAGUGCCCAAACCAACACCACAAGUGUGGAACCAGGAACCACAGUCUCCAUCCCUGUUACAGUCGCUGCAACUGCCAAUGGAGUUGUCAAUGACUCUGUGACUGGGACUUUCACAGUACAGGCCAACAACGACCGCAGCUACGAUUCCACCUCUCCCGGGUCCGUUUCCAUUGAAGCAGGCAAAGCGAACGGCACCGUGACCUUGACGGUCCCCGCCAAUGCUGCAUCUGGAACAGACGUCACCCUCACCAUCGAGGCGAGAAAUGAAGCUGCUACCGACGUCAACUAUGCCGUCCUGAGGCUUUCUGUGGCUGCCAAGGUGACGGAUGUUACUCGUCCAGCGUGCCAUGAAGUCAGCACAUCAACAGUGUGUCCGUCCUCUUCAUCACUCUGUGCCUCAUUCCAGUGGAAUUUCAUUGCAAACAUAUCUGAUGGCAUCAAUGGGACCGGCAUUGAGAGCGUCACUCUGCGGCAGGGGAACGGUACCCUGAACACCAGCACCGCAGUGGGAGCAGGGGGUGAGAACAUCACGGUGGUUCACUACAGCGCCUCCUGCUGCUCGCAGACUGUGGAGCUGACAGCUGUGGACAAAGUCGGGAAUGUGGGGACAUGUGUGGGACAGGCCAGGCAAUCUACCACACCGGCUCCUGUCACCACUGCAGGAAACACAACAUCCGCUGGAGGGAGCAUCUGCAGUGUGCAGCACACUCUUUGGCUCAGCGUUGUGGUUUCUGUCCUUUGGAGGUGAAAGACAUAAGCUGGAAAUGACUCUUUGUACAUGAAGCUGUAGCCUAAGGACCAGCUGAUGAAUGUUUUUUUUUUAAUUUUGGUCAGUGUCUGCUGUUCAAAUUUUGAACAAACAAAAUCAAUCUGACAGGUGAAUUGUCUGGAAUCUUCACAUUUUUUCCCCUCAUAUCUGAAGAGUGAUAUCAACACAGUGGGAAGUAAUUUGAGGAAUAAAUGUUCUCAUUUCUUGUUUGCUUUGUGUUUGCUCUGCCCUGUUCACUUUGAUUAAAGACACUAAGGUCUAUUCUUGAACAAAAAAAAAAAAAAAAAAACUUCACCGAAAGUGAUGGUGAGCUUGGGUGAAUGGGAUUCCUGCAUGCUUAAUGCCUUGGUAUGUGGCUGCUUUGAGUCAUGUGGUUUCACAACGUUUGUCCUAUUAGGCAUUCAGUGUUUUGAAAUGAAUUUAGGUUACUGUGACAAUGAACUGACAUUAGAUUAAAGGUGGAAUACAACAUUUUCUCGAAAAGACGAAGCCCCACGUC